AUGGGGUUGGGGCGGCAUAAAAGUAAGAGCUGCACUGCGUAUCAGGCGGUUGCUGACGAACCAGGCUUGGCAAAAGGGUUGCUGCAGCAGCCAGUGCGCCCAGAAGAGACCAUGCACGAGAGAAGCAUGAAUUUUAUGGACUUUGACACUGUUAACGGGCAGUCCAAGGUCUUGCUGGCAGUGGACACACCGACUAGGAUGUUGCUUGCACGAGUGUGUCCUGCAUCUACGGUUGGGCCAGGGGUGUUCCGCUUCUUAGAAGAACAGGUGUUGGCGUGGGGAUCGCCGGCACGGCUGGUUAUGGACGCGGAAGUACUGCUGACUAAAA